AUGUUGUUUGAUCUGCAAGUGAAAUUCAAGAGGAUCUCUAUUAAACUUGAUGGAUCAGAAGAUCGAGUCUUAUUGUGGAACCAGAUAUCUAAAAAACUGGAACUGGUCGAGGAUCUUGUAAUCUUUUCCGGUAUGAAUCAGCUCACACCAGUUUUCGCUUCAUGGCCACAGAAUAUUACUAUCACGAAUUCCGCUUGGAUCACUCUGGAACAUCUUUUGGCGUGCACUUGUACUAGAAUUACACUCAGCUCGACUCAUUUGGAAAACAAGGAUUUGGAUAUAAUACUAAAGAAUUGGAAAACUGGAGGAUUUCCGAAUUUAAAUUAUCUGAAGAUUCAUAGUCAUAGAAUUACAAAUAUUGGAGCGACAAUUUUGGGAAUGAGUUGGAGCGAAUUAGAAGGGAAGGUUAUCCAAACUGAUGAUGGAUUAAAGAAGGCAACUAUUAGAAUUGAAAACCAAUGGUUUGAAAUGUCUGUGACUCGAUUUGAAUAA